CACUACAGCGCCCCACCGUGGCCGGAAACCGUGCGGACCAGCGCUGAACAGGGCAGAUAAAGUUUAGCAAGCUGAACAUGGGGUGUGACCACCGUGUGUCACCACACCUCUGUGGAAGAGCUGGGUGGAACGCGUGAACUGGCCUGGCCAUAGCCGAGCAGGGCUUUAAAGAAGCGGUUCGCGUCGAUUUGGGGCCGUUUAAACUGGACACAGCAGCAGAGCUGGCACGGCGUUUAUCUGUCGACCCCACCUUCCGGCUGGAGGGGUUAUUUGGACUAAAAUUCUGGGAAACGUCUUCAGACCAAGAGCAAGUGACUCCAGCAGGAGUGAAACAUCACCACCAGCGAGCUGAGCUCCUGUCAGGACCGAGAAAGCCGGACUUGGGCGAGUUGGGCUCGUUUCUGUUGGGCUUUUUGGACCCAUCUCUGCGCCCUGAGCAGCGACGUGAGUGUGUACCUUCAAGGAAUCACUGAAGCAGCAUGUCCAGAUCAGACUUCCCUCCGGGCUACGACGAGUCCCGGCUGCUCCACAACCCUCAGGCUGGGGGUGCACAUCCCUCCGCGCCCCCACCAGCUUAUGGCUUCUCUCCGUAUGGGGGUCAACCACAGCCCCAGCCUACCGGCUACCCUGGAGCUCCCUACUCCCAGCCAUCUGCCCCUUACCCUGGUCAGCCAGGCCCUUACCCUGGUCAGCCAGGCCCAUACCCCGGUCAGCCAGGCCCUUACUCUGGUCAACCAGGGCAACCAGGCCAAGGAUACCCACCACCAAUGCCACCCAUAAUGCCAGUCAUGCCAAUGCCAGGACAAGAUGAUGAAGGGUUCACAACGUCACCAGGAUGGGAGAGCAUGAGCGUCCGGCACACAUUUAUUCGCAAAGUGUACAUGAUCCUCGCUGCCCAGCUCCUGGUCACCGUCGCCAUCGUGGCCAUUUUCACAUUUGUAGAUCCUGUGCGUAACUUUGUGGCAAGAAAUCCAGCAAUCUACUGGGCUUCAUAUGCGGUCUACUUUAUCACACAUAUCGUGCUGGUCUGCUGUAAGGGGCCCAGGAGGCGUUUUCCAUGGAACCUUCUCCUGCUGGCCAUUUUUACUUUGGCCAUGUCCUACAUGACCGGGACGAUAUCGAGUUACUAUAACACUAAGGCUGUGUUUCUGGCUCUGGGGAUUACAGUGGUUGUCUGCAUUGCUGUAACCGUCUUCUGCUUCCAGACUAAGGUGGAUUUCACCAAAUGUGGAGGUCUUUUCUGCGUGCUUGGAAUCGUCAUGUUUGUGACUGGAAUCAUCACUGCUAUCGUGCUGUCAUUCAAAUAUAUCCCGUGGCUUCAUAUGCUCUACGCUGCCAUCGGAGCCAUCGUGUUCACGCUGUUUCUGGCCUACCACACCCAGCUUCUUAUCGGGAACAGAAAGCACUCCAUCAGUCCGGAGGAGUAUGUUUUCGCUGCUCUCUCCAUUUACGUCGACAUCAUCCAGAUUUUCCUGUUCCUCCUGCAAAUUAUUGGAGCCUCUCAGCGAUAAGGCUUCCUGCUGAGCUCCAGCAGCCAUUUAUAGCUCAAUCAUUUGUGUAUUACGCACUUGUGUCUGUUUCCCAGUAAUCAUGUACUCACAUUAUAUGAACAACAUAUGAGAUAUUGGUCAAGAUGUUGAGGGUUUGCUUAAACUUUAAGGCAACGUUUUAUCUUUGUAGAGAAUGAAGUAUUUACAUUUGGUCACACGCUCUUCAACAAACUCUGCUCAGGCUGCUAUACAGCCAAUUUUUUUUUUACAUAAUUAAGGAGGAUUUUGCCUGUCUGUGUUUUUACUGUUUAGAUUAAAGUUACAUAUCACUGUUGGAACAAAACCUUGCAUCUCCAUUUUUCUUGCUUUUUAUAUAUCGCUGUUGUUGGAGGAAAACCUCUCAAAUUUUUACUUGUUCUAUAGGAGAAGGGGAACAAACCUACUUUACUUUUAACGUAAGUCAAUGGAACCAGACUUUUUGCGAGUAAUUUUGGGCUGUUUCUUUUAGUCCAUUCAUCAUGAAAUUUGUGUGCAAUGUAAAGGGAAACAGGUAUUUUUAAAGUAUUUUCCAAAAAUGGAAAAACGUCAUGGAGAUACUAGGUUUUAGUACAGCUGCUGGUAGAUAUACAUAUAUCACUGUUGUUUACGUUGUGUCAGAAUUGUCUUAUGAGUGGAACUGUAAAACUGGUCCAAACGGACUUUAAAUAAAAUCUUGUCAAAUUAACUUGC